UGUGUACAUAUAUAUCACACAAUCUUUGACUUUACCACACAAUCUUUGACUACCAUCUCCAAUGUCUAACUAUAUAAACCUGCAACUUCACCAACAAUGUCUAAUUCACCGGCGACUUCUACUUUCCGAUCAAAAUCUGACACAUGGACGCCACUAACAAUGUCGCCUGUGCUGACCGGCCGACGAUCAUGAUCACAAACGAUGACGGAAUUCAUUCUCCCGGACUCCAAGCCCUAGUUCGAACCCUAGCUUCUACCGAUCGCUAUCGUCUUUGGAUCUGUGCGCCUGAUUCGGAUAAUUCAUCGGUAAGUCAUUCUGUUACGGUGCGCCGUGCUGUUUCUGCAAUGCCAACUGAAAUAAGUGGAGCCACAGCAUAUGCUAUUUCUGGAACUCCAUCUGACUGCAUAUCAUUGGGAACCUCAAAGGCACUAUUUCCUUCAGUGCCUGAUUUGGUAUUAAGUGGCAUAAAUAAGGGCAGCAACUGUGGUCUUCACAUUGUCUACUCAGGGACGGUGGCUGGUGCUCGACAGGCCUUCAUUCAUGGCAUACCAUCGGUUGCAAUAUCAUAUGAGUGGAUUGAGGGUACAAGCAAUAUCAAUGACUUCACAUUGGCUGCUGAGGCUUGCUUACCCAUGAUUAGUGCCAUUUUUGUUGAGAUCAAGAAUAAAACCUAUCCUAAGGAAUGUUUUCUCAAUGUGAAUUUACCCACAGAUAUAUUGAACCAUAAGGGUUUUAUGCUGACUAAACAAGGAAACAGUAUUAUGGAAGCGGGUUGGAAGCAAGUUUCUUCUGGUUCCCAAACAAUGACCAUGCAGCCAAGUUCCGUGUCAAUAAACCCUGAUGCUAAAGCCGUUUCACAAGAACCCCUUUUGUUCAAGUUGGAGCUCAAGGGAGGCCAGGUGGAAAAUGGUGGAACCGACUUCGGUCCCCUUCUGGAAGGAUAUAUAACUGUCACUCCCCUUGGAGCCUUAACUAAUGCGGAUACUGACAGCCAUAAAUUUUUCAAUCAGUGGUUACCAGGAGUGGCUUCUUCAGCAGUCUGAUUACUAUUUUGGUGUAUUGACGUUGUUGAGUUGGCAUCACCAUUUCUACUGACAAGUUAUAAUGUCAGUCCAUUUAUACCAUAGUUUGAUUAUGCUAUGGCAGUCUUGGUUUCUCUUUCAGGCAUGAAUAAAGAACUCAGUGUUCGUGAAUUUAUAUCAUUUUCAUUUUAGAUAAAAACUUAAGUAUGCUGAUGAAUACUUAAUUACGUUAGUCAAAGUAUUACUUUUUUUUUUAAUCAAAUUUCACUAGUCUUCAUGUG